AACGGGCCCCGGGCUGGUGUUUGUAAACUUGCCUCGGUCCCUGCGGGGGCAACGGCAGCGGCGGGGCUGGCACCGGAGAGUGAGCACUGGGGGCGGGGUCCUCCCGUACGGGAACACUGCUGGAGGCUGCGCCCGGCAGUUUCAGGUGUCUGAGACAGAUUCAAAGCCAUCUCCAGAGACUUGAGCUGGACACCAAAGACAGCAGGUUUUCAUUCUUCUGUGAGAACAGUGAGAACUCAUCAGAAAACAACAACUGAGCCCAGUUGUUGGGAUACCAUCUUCUCUUUGGAGAGCACUGAGUUCCAGCUGCUGCCGAAGACCUCUCAGUAUGGCAGUAAGGGCAUAUAGAAGACAUGGAAUGAGGAGGCCCCAGUGAAAUGUUGAUAGCUCCCUCCAUAUACACACUAACCAAAGGAGUAAGAAACUCUUGAACUGUUGGAUCCCCUUAAGUGAAGUGGGCGACAUGGCUCAGGCGAGUCUCCUAGCCUGUGAGGGCCUUGCAGGUGUGAGUUUGGUCCCCACGGCAGCCAGCAAGAAGAUGAUGCUGAGCCAGAUUGCCAGCAAACAGGCAGAGAACGGGGAGCGAACGGGCAACCCAGAGGUGCUGAGGUGCUCAGGCCAGGGUCACCGAAAAGAUGGAGAAAAAUCAAGAAAUCGAAAAGAUGACAGCGCCACAACUGAAGCUCCACCACCAAAAAAAGUUAAAAAGAUGGUGGUGGUGGAGCAGAAUGGCUCUUUUCAAGUAAAGAGCCAAAAAAACUUUAUUUGUGAGCAGUGUUUUGGAGCCUUUAGAAGUAGUUAUCACCUCAAGAGGCACAUCCUCAUUCAUACAGGGGAGAAGCCCUUUGAAUGCGACGUGUGUGACAUGCGGUUCAUUCAGAAGUACCACCUGGAGCGCCACAAGCGUGUGCACAGUGGAGAGAAGCCCUACCAGUGUGAACGGUGUCAGCAGAGCUUUUCCCGGACAGAUCGUUUGCUCAGACACAAACGGAUGUGCCAAGGGUGUCACUCCAAAACCCUGGAUGGGCAGUUUUCCCUUUAGGCAUGGGGCCCAGGGUGGUGGGAAGGAUCAGAAGAGCUCACUGAAGAUGCUACCCCCUCUGGUUCUGAGGGUGCCACCACCUCCCACACCUCCACAUGCCUCUUCUUUCUUCUCUUCAUGGAGGAGGGGACCAGGAGAGUCAGAGACCUAACCGACAUCAGGGGACAGGGCAUCGGAGCCACGGCCCUGUAAAUAACCUGAGAUCCGGGGUGGCUGGAGGGCUUCCUCCAGCAGUUCCUGGGAGGGUCGACCAAUCUCUGAACCCUUGAUUAAGCCAUGGAAAGGGACUCAAGAUACAGGACCAAGACAGAACAGCGGAUCACACAGCCAUGAACUCCACAUGCGAGUAGAAAGUGGGGAGGGGUGUGUGACUGUAUGUAUGUAUAUACAUAUACGUAUAUAUGUAUGUAUAUGUGUGUAUAUACAUAUAUAUGCAUAUGUGUGUAGAUAUAUGCACAUAGAUUUAAUCCAAGAGGGAUUUCACCCCAUGAACUGUGGAUGUAGAGAACCUGAAGGCACGCUACCCCAGGGCAAAGCAGGGACUGUCAUUGUCCUGGUCAUCCCACACAGAUGGCAUUCAGUUUGCAUUUUGCCUCGACCUUUACAUGCCCUGGACCUCACCUUCUCUGAGGCAGGUGGGGAGCAGAGCUGGCAGCUGAGCUUACCCUGGGCUAUGGAAAGAGGUUCCUGGAGGCAGGGGCAGUUGGCCACAAGCAAGAGCAGAUAGGUAUCUCCUUUCCCCCAGUGGAGUAACAAGAGUUGUGCCCCGUGUGUGUUAAAGCAGAGUGUGUGACAAAUACUUGAUUUUGGGGCUGGCUCAAGUGCCUUUUGGAGGAAGCUAUGGAAGGAGGCCUGUGAAUCAUCCUCCUCUCUUUGGGGAUCCUAAAUCUCGAGGAUGGCUUCUGUGUAGCCCGAUUCUCUGAUUGCCUUCCCCCAUUGCCACUGAAGUCCAAAAAAAGUGGAUGGGUUGGAGGUGCUGGGUGCCAAAAAGUAGAUCAGCACUGAGCCCACUUCAGAGUUCAGCUAGCUGCUCUGGGUCAAGAUGAGACUUGAGUUGGGUCACAACCUGCUGAAGAAGUAACGAAACUGGAGUCCGGCCCUCAUCUCGAUCCUGAGAGGGGGCUAUCUCUCCCCUGUACUUACCCACCCAAGUCCUAUCACUGGAUUGAGAUAAACAGGGUUACUUCCUCAUAAUGAAAGGAGAGGGCCUGAUUCCCUCUUUAAUAACCCUCCACAACCCUGAUUGGUUUUAUGACUGAUGGAGCUGGUGUAGACUCUAUUUUAAUCAAUACUCUAAUCCCCAUAGCCACUUGCUCCAUGGCCCAAAGUUUGAUGGAUUACAAGUGAUUAGAUGUGUGUGCAACACCUUUGCAGAUGUUGCAGCAUAUACAGUAACGGCCAAUUGAGCCAAGUACCUCCUCUCUCCCAAACCUAAAGGAUUCUUGGGAAACUGAAUAGCAUCCCAGUGAUUUCAGGGGAUUUAUAUAUUGAAGAUUUUGUUAUUUAACAAACCAAGGGUUCUGGUAUUUCUGGCCUAAGCUGAGAGCUAGGGGUUCUUGAACAGUGGCAAAUUUUAAUGAAAUCAUUCCUUCCCUUAGGGCAAAAGGUGCAAGGGAUCCUGUUGGGAGGGUGCAGCAACGCCGGUAGCCCCAUCUCCCAUCUUAGUCUGGGGCAGUUGGAUCAAUUCCUUGUGUCUUGUGAAUAGGUAGGAUAGUAGGAGGUGGGACUAGACUUAAGACCAGGCCUGGGAAAGUUUGUGUUCCAUUUAGUCAUUAACCUUGGUGAGAGGGUCUGGCAGCAGACUUGCAGCCACUCCUUGACUAAGGGCAUGGGGGCCAGAGAAAGCAAGGGAAUCCUGCUUGUCAGAAGUGUGGCCACUUGGUUCCAAAGGGAACCCUGGGCUUUCAGAUUUUGCACCAGCAGGAUCUGGGACUUUAAGUCCUGGUUUUCAUUUCACACCCAUCUUCCCUGGUCUGAAUUCUAGGUGUUCCCCCUUCCCCAUGCAGUGAAUGAUCCCUUGGGGGGAGGAGUCUUAAUGAACUUCAUCAGGCCUCCUGAGUGUCAGGGAGGUAAGCCUGGCUGGGUUGCUGGAGACUAGGAUUUCCUUAAAUGUCAACAAUGGGGGAGUCUUAGGAAAAGCAAGGAUAGAUUUAGAAAGAAAAGCUACAAACAGCUCUUAAAAACUGGGAAGGCUGCUUCUCACCCCACCCCCUUGCUUCACAAGGCUUAUUUGUUGGAGGUUGGGGGUUUUUAUGGGAUUGGGGAAUGAGUGGGAAAUCAUGUGAACAGGUUAUGUGCCGGUGAGUUUUAAGUCAGACCGCUUCUUCAGCUUUUGCCAGAACAGUCGAGGAAUGAGAGGGAGCCAAUGAUGGAGUAAUAGGGGACCAGGCCGGGCCAGCUCACAGCCAACACUGGCCCUGGUGGGGCUGGAGGGGGGGCUGUGGCUGUGGCCCUCUGUGCUACAGUGGGUGCUAAGACUUUAGAGGAAGGGCUGGGUGGAUAGAAGGAGCGCUGCUGCACCCCUGACCACCCAGGCCUAGGAGCCUCACCUAAUGGAAGAAACCACAGAAGACUGCAAGGACUCCUGGAUUGAAUCCUCACCACCUCUGCGCUGCAUAACUACAGCUGGGAGGAAGAGGAGAUGAGCCAGUUUAUAGGGGAGUUGCUACAUCAAUGUAGCAUUUACCCAAAUUCCUAUAUCUCCUCCAUCCCUUGCCCUUCCUUUUUUUGUCCACCCUGGCGUCAGGGUCAAAGAGACCCCUUCACCAGCCCGCAGCGGCUGUUUAGCUACUGAUAAUGCCCCUCGGCCUGGGAGUCAGAGGACUAAAGUUUCCCUGACCCCCUCUUCCCGGCUCCCUCUUCCCAACAUCCUACACAGGCCUUGGAGCUUUUAUUUUCGUCAUCCCCUUCACCCUCUCGCCCCCCCCUUUUUUUUUAAUACACUUAUUUUGCUAUGGGGGGGGUGGGAGGGGAGUAACAGAUGGACAAGAAAUUUUAAAUGGUAGUUUUUAUAAGAUGUUAUAAACUUGUAUCUUUUUACCAUUCAAAGUGCAGUGUACGUUCCUUUGUGACAUAUUUAGAAUAUUUAAAUAAAAUGGGGGUUUUCUACAGUG